UGAGUGUCUCUCUCUAUCUGUGUGUGUGAGCAGUAAAAUGGCAGAAUCCAGCUUUUCUGUGGCACAGGAAGAGUUCAGCUGUGCGGUGUGUCUGGAUCUACUAAAGGAUCCAGUCUCCAUUCCGUGUGGACACAGUUACUGUAUGAGCUGCAUCACAGACUGCUGGAAUCAGGAGGAUCAGAAGAGAGUCUACAGCUGCCCUCAGUGCAGACAGACCUUCAGCCCCAGACCCGCUUUAGCUAAAAACACCAUGCUGGCUGAAGUGCUGGAGAAACUGCAGAAGAGCAAACUACAAGCUGCUGGUCCUGCUCAGAGUCCCGCUGCAUCUGGAGAUGUGGAGUGUGACGUCUGUACUGGAGCCAAAAACAGAGCCGUCAAGUCCUGUCUGGUGUGUCUGAACUCUUACUGUCACACUCAUUUUCAGCUCCAUCAAGAACUGAAUCCUGGAAAUCAACACAAAGUGACUGAAGCCACUCAUAAACUGCAGGAGAUGAUCUGUCAACAACACAAGAAACUCCUGGAGAUCUUCUGCCGCACUGAUCACUGCUGUAUAUGUUAUCUGUGUUUGCUGGAUCAACACAAACACCAUGACACUGUUUCAGCUGCAGCAGAGAGGACUGAACUACAGAGUCGGCUGAGGGAAACCCAGAGCAGCUUCCAGCAGAAGAUCCAGGAGAGGCAAAAGGAGCUGGAGGAGCUGAGAGAGGCUGUGGAGUCUCACAAGCACUCUGCACAGGCCGCAGUGGAUCACACCGAGAGGAUCUUCACUCAGCUCAUCUGCUGGAUUGAGAGAAGCCGCUCGGAGCUCACGCAGAUGAUCAGAGAUGGAGAAAAGACUGCAGUGAGUGGAGCUGAAGAACGACUGGAGCGACUGGAGCAAGAGAUCAAUGAUCUGAGGAGGAGAAACGCUGAGCUGGAGCAGCUUUCACACACAGAAGAUCACAUCCAUUUCCUCCAGAGUUUGCAGUCUCUCUCUGUCCCUCCUGGAUCUACAGACUCAUCCAGCUUUAUUAUCAACUCUCAACCUGCUUUUGAUCAAGUUGAUGAAUCUGUGUCUCGUCUAAGAGACAAGCUGCAGCAGUUCUGCACAGAGGAGAUGAAGACCAUAUCUAGUACAGUGAGAAUCAUUAGCAUCAUUUCCACUCCUGAACCAAAGGCUCAAAAGGAAUUCCUGUUUAAGUUCGUUCUCAUCGGAGAUUCGGGUGUUGGGAAGAGUAACCUGCUGUCGAGAUUCACACAAAAUGAGUUUAAUCUGGAGACCAAAAGCACGAUAGGAGUGGAUUUCGUCACCAAGAGAAUUCAGGUGGAUGGAAAGACCAUAAAAGCACAGAUCUGGGAUACGGCAGGACAGGAGCGCUUCAGAGCCAUCACCUCUGCAUAUUACCGUGGUGUGGCCGGUGCGCUGCUGGUGUAUGACAUCACCAAACACCUGACCUAUAAAAAUGUGGAGCGCUGGCUGAAAGAGCUGCGAAAACAUGCCGACAACAACAUCUUCAUCAUGCUGGUGGGCAAUAAGAGCGACCUGCAGCACCUGAGGGCCGUGCCCACUGAUAAGGCCCGCGCUUUCGCAGAGAAGAAUAACCUGUCAUUUAUCGAGACGUCAGCUCUGGACUCAACUAAUGUUGAAGAGGCCUUCAAAAACAUCCUAACAGAAAUCUACCGUAACGUAUCAAAGAAGCAAGUCGGCUCAUGACAGGUCUCUCAGGAAAUAAUGUUGUGGACAUCAGUGUCAAGCCCACCACAGACGGACAGAAGAGCAACAAACAGGAAAUAAUAGAAAAGUUCUGCUCAUUCACUUACAAAAUA